UCUUCUCCACAGCUGUUAUGUACGCUGAACCAUCCACCAUGAAUUUCCGGAACCACGGCUUUUUCCGCCGUUCUCCGCCCCCUUCAGUGACCAAACCGUCCCCUACCGCUGGGAACGCUUUGUCUGUCUUAGGAGGCAUCGCCCAGAUCUCACCCUGCCUCUACCUCUGCUCUGGCAACGCAGCGUCCAACAGACAUCUGGUCUACUCCAGGGCAGUGACGUGCGUCGUGAAUGCGACGAUGGAAAUCCCCAACACCAACUGGCCAGAUAUUGACUACGUCAAGGUGCCCGUCCCUGACCUCCCUCACGCCCCGCUGUCCUUGUACUUUGAUUCUGUGGCUGAUAGGAUACACCAGACAGGGAAGAAGAACGGAAGAACCCUUGUCCAUUGUGUGGCGGGUGUAAGUAGGUCCGCCUCCCUCUGCAUUGCCUAUUUAAUGAAGUACCACCGGUUGAGUCUCUUGGAUGCCCACGAGUGGGUGAAGAGCAGGCGACCCGUCGUGAGGCCCAACGUAGGCUUCUGGAGGCAACUAAUUGAAUACGAACGCAAGCUGUUCGGCAAGAACACUGUCAAGAUGGUGCCCUCGCCCAUCGGGUUAGUCCCGGAUGUCUACGAGAAGGAGACCCGUGGGCUGGUCCCCUUGUGGAACUUGAGAUAGACACUGGGUGGCUUUGGGAAGAUGGUUGGGCGGGCAGUGGGCUGGCUGGACUUAGGAUCAAAAUGUUCCACCAGGGUAGGACCUUGGUAUGACCUUCCAACAUGGUGGACCUUGAUAAGAAAAAUCUGUUAUGGUUAGUCUUUUUGUAAAGCCUUGCAAUAUUAGAUCAUGGAAAAGAAUCGAAUUACUUGGGCCUUCCAGUGUGGUAGGCUUUU